UGAAUAACAAGAUUUUUCUAAAAAAAUCACUUUUGUUUUUUUCCCAAAGUGAAAACAAUUAAUUAAUUUAUUAUCGAUAAACUUGUUGAUCAUCAGUAAAAAAAUUUAUUAAUAAUGGCUACAAAUACACAUUUUCCAUAUUUACAAACAUCAAUCAUGUAUGAAGAUGGUAAUAAUGAUUUUAUUGGUAAUACAUUAAAUACACCGGAUAUUGUUGAUAUGUUGGAUUCAUUUCAUCCAACAUUUCAAUCGGAAAAAACUUAUAAUAAUGAUCAUCAAAUAUUUACCGAUGUUUAUUCACAAUUGGAUGGUCAAAUAACAACAUCAACAACAACAACAAAUAUGAAUCCAAUGAUUUUGAAUUCAUCAUCACCAUCAUCAUCAUCAUCAUCAUCAUUGAUUAAUAAUAAUAAUCAAACAAUAUUAAUGUCAAAUGGCAACUCAUCAUCAUUAUUAUCAUCAUCAUAUGGCUAUAUUGAUUCACCAUUAUCUAAUCAUCAACAACAACAACAACAAAAUUAUUAUGAACGUAAAUCCUAUUCACCAUUAUUAGAAAGUUCAGAAAUAAAUUUAGAAAAUAUGAGUUCACCUGAAAUGGCACCAGUAUCACCAAAUAAAGUUUGUCCACAUACGGAUUAUAAUUAUUCACAACAACAAUAUUCAGAUUCAUCAUCAUCGAAUAGUAAUAAUAGUAAUUCAUCAACAACAAUAGCCUAUCAAAAUCUUGAAACGGCUCAACCAAUUAUAAUUAAAGAUGAAUUUGAUGAAAUGUCAUCAUUGGUUGAUUAUUUAAGUGAUCAAUCACAAUCAGCAACAACAACAACAACGACAACAACAGCAGCAGCAGCGACAAAUACCCAAAUAAUCAAUCCAAAUACAUCAACAACACAACAAUAUUAUACAGCAAAUUCACCAGCAUGUUCGAUCUCAUCCAAUUAUUCAUUGGAUUCAUGUCAAUCACAACCAAAAACAUUUGCAACAUUAGAUAAUGUUAUAAAUAUUAAACAAGAACCUAUUGAUAGUCAAACAAUAUUAAUACAACAAUCACAACAACAACAACAAUAUCAAUCAAUUGUACCAACAGUUGUUGAUGAAACAAUUGUUUCGGCAACAUUUUUACCUGAUAAUUGUCAUCAUCAACAACAAAAUACAACAACAACAACUGAUCUAUCAUCAAAUCAAAUUAUUUAUAAUUUAACACCUGUAACUAGUAAUAAUACGAAUAAUAAUGGUUCAACAGCUAAUUAUUAUUAUAUGUCAUCAACGCCAUUAAAUACCAACAACAACAACAAUACAAAUAUUAUUCCCAAUAAUUCAAAUUCAUUAACAACGACGUUAUCAAUACCAUCAACAUCAUCGACGAUAAACCAUAAUAACGUACAUCAACCACAACAACAACAACAACAAUCACAUGGACGUAAAAGAGGUGCAAAUAAUUUUGUUGUUGGUUUACAUCAAUCAACAACAAAUGGAACGAAAAAACAACGAAUGUCUAAACGUGAAAAACAAAAAUUAAUGGAAUCCUGUAUUGAACGAUAUGAAAGUGAAAAUAAACAAUUAGCUGAACAGAUUAAAUUAUUUGAAAAGCAAAUAAAUUUUUGUAAAAAAUAUUUGAAUGAAAAUGUUGCACCAUAUCUACAAAAACAGCAAUUACAAAAGCAGCCAAUUCAUCAACAAUUACAAAGUUUUAUUGGAAUAGCAUAAAAGAUUCUUUUUUGCACCUCAACUUUUUUUUUCUUCUUCUUCUAUUAAUGGUCUCGUUCCUUCUAAUCAACACCAAAAAAAAAAAACAAAAACAAAAUAUUAAUAAUGGAAAAAAAAAUAUUUGAAAACAAACACCAAAAUACAUACUCAAACUUAUCAAUCUUAUAUCCCAAACUACUAUAACAACAACAACAACAACAAAACACCGCCUUAAGAAAUUCAAAAAAAAAAAAAAAAUUCUAAUUCAUGGCACGCUCAUCAUCAUCAUCAU